AUGGAGGCAGGGAGGAGGAGCGGGCGCACCAGAUGGAGGGAUCUGAGGCGGAGGCUGUGUUUCCAAGGCGGUGUGGGCUGGUGCGGCAGCUCCUGGGGCUUCCGCGAGCCGGCGGUGGUUGAUGGCGAUCCCGGCUUCGGCGGCGAGAUCCCGGCGGCGUCCUCCCCACCGGAUGAGACGAUCAACCUGGCGACAGCCCUGGCGGCGGAACGCCAGUUCCGCGCUGCGUCGGCGCCGACGCAGCCGCAGCGGGGGAGGGUGGACGAGGAGAGCUACCAGUGGGAAGCGGCGGCGGCGAGCACGGGGGGAGGAGCCCCGUUGACAGUCUCACUGAUGAGCCUGCUGAUGGAAGUGCCCCCCCGGGCUGAGGCUGAGGCGACGGAGGAGGAAGGCUUCCCCGGGGCUGCGUGGUGCUGCUGUGUGUGCAUGAGGCGGCGGAAGGCGGCGGCGCUCAUUCCCUGCGGCCACACCUUCUGCAGGGUAUGCUCGCGAGAGCUGCGGCUUAACCGCGGCGCUUGCCCUAGCUGCAACCGCCGUAUCCUCGACGUCCUCGACAUCUUCUAG